AUGGGAAGAACUAGAAACACCGCCAUUCAACCACGGAAACCAAGACAACCAAGGCAACCAAAAAAGCCUUAUCUGAAUAUUUCAAUUGAAAGGGUUCAGGAUUUAUUAGACGGAACAGAUGUUGACAAUUUGAAAAUUUUCCCAACAAACGACGAUAUGCAAAAAAUUGAAAUUGAAAAAGAUGGUAUAUUGAUGUCAACGGGUUAUAAAAGAUGUUCAUUAUGUUUUGCUAUUCUUCGAGCAACUGGAGGUCACACAGGUCGCCACUUUGAAUUGUGCCAAUUGAGACAACAAGACAAUCAGUUAUUAUGUCAACAAAUAAUUCCGAGUAAGAGUGAUAUGAAAUCUUACAUUGCCACGUUCAUCAUUAAAACUGGUUUAUCCAUUUCACUUUGCGAAAACUCGGCGCUCCGAGAAAUGCUGACGAAUGUCAUAUUGCGUGGCCAGUGAGUUUUUUUUCAUUAAACAUUGACAUAAAACAUAAAAUUUAGAUCCGACGACGGAACUAUUUCAUCAAUUUUUCCCGGGAGAACCGCUGUGAGAGAAGAAAUCGUUUCGCAAUUGGAUUUCUACAAGCAAGAAAUAAAAGAUGCCUUGACAUAUCAUGUUAACACUUCGAUGGUGAAUGUUGUGGUGGAUUUUGGAAAGAUAAGCCACGAUUUCAUUUCAAUCAAAGUGUCUUUAAUAGUUGAUAUUGAUCGAGGUGAUGGAACGUGGUUUUGGCAGCUGUCGAUUGUCCCAAUUGGAAUGUUCGUCUAUAAGGAAGAAUCAAAAUCAGCCAAGGAUAUCAACGAAUGUUUGAAGAACUCUUUUUCAAGCUAUGGAUGGGAACCGGAAAAGGCAGGCAAUUCGUACUUCACGGCUGAUGCCGCGAGAAACAUGCAGUGCACAGGAUCGCGAUAUUUUCAAGGAUAUAUAAGGUGUUUAGCUCACUUUUCUAAUACUCUGGCAAGACGAAUUUUCACACCAUAUGCCAACUCGAUGAUGACACCAAAUCAAAAAAAUAUUUUGAGUAAAUUGUUGGAGAUUAUUAAUCAAAGUAUCAAAUUGGCUGGUUUAAUCAAAAACAAUCAAAACGCGAAAAGAAGAAUUCAAAAAAUUGAAAUAAUGAAAUAUUUGGACGAAAAUAAAGUUUAUUUGAAAUUGAUUGAAGAGUGCUUGGAACCUAUCAACAAAAUGUGCACUUUUUCGCAGAAAGACGAAAUCAUCACGAAUUUCGUAAUCCCAUUUUAUGCUCUAACUGUUGAGCACUUCAGUAAAUUGGCCAAAAGUAGCGACGAGGUAAUUUAGUUAUACAUUUUUAUUUUCUCCAAUUCUAUUAUUAUAGAUUAGAGCAAAAGUUGGAUUAUCAGCUCAGGAAGUUUUGCGAGUUAAUAGUGAUAUAAUUUCACCUGAACACUGUCUUGCUUUUUAUCUGGAUCCGAGGAGAAAUGCGAAAAAUCAAGCGAUUCUGGACGAUCAUAAUGUGAGUUUAAUUUUCUGUGAUUUUCAGAUGAAUAUCUUUAAUUUUCAGAUGAACAUCGAUUUAUAUCAACAAUCUUUAAUUGCUUUACAAACAAUUUCAACAAAUUUACAAUUGGAUCAACCUGUUGCUAUUCAAUCAAAUAUUGCGAAUUUGGACUCAAUGGAUAUUAUUGCGCGCGCGACAACUCCGGAAGAGCAACCACCUGAAACAACACAAGAAGAAUUCAGCAAAUAUAUUCUUCAAAGAAACUCGGUUGAUCUCACCGUUUUCUGGCCUGCCAACAAAAACACAUAUCCAAAAUUAUACAAAGUUGCCAGGAAAGUAUUCUCAAUACUGGUUUCAGAAGCCACUUCAGAAAGGGCGUUUUCGAAUGCUAAAUUUCUGUAUCGACCAAAUCGCGAAAAUCUAGAGACUAGUUUUCUAGAAAACCUUUUGCUAGCAUAUGAAGCUGAAAAAUCAACCGCUUGUUUUAUAAAUCCGCCAAUAUAA